UGUUACAAAAGGAAUAGAAAAAUGGCUUCUUUCUCGCCAAGUAAAAUGCCCAAGUGCUCACGCUUCAAUGGGAAAUGCAGCCCGGAAAAGGAGGAGCAGCUGCGCGACCAGAUCCACAGCGAGUUGACCAAAGCCCGCUACUGCGCCAACCCGACCUACACGUGCAGCUUGGUACGCAUCAAAGGUUACAAAUAUUGCAUUCGCCACAUUCUCUGGGAUCCACUUGCACCGUAUUGCCGCUGCACAUUCGAGUACUCGAACCGGCGCCAGUGCGUAAACGCGGUGCCCAAGUUUGAUGCCCUAAACAACGAGAUAGUGUCCCCGCUUUGCUUUGAGCACUACAAUCAGCUGCUGGUGCGCAAGAGCCAGAUGACCUUGGGCCGUUUUCGUUGUGGCGUUGAGACCAAUGAGACGCUGCUCAAUAGUCUCUCCCAUCACUUGAAUGUAAAGGAGCCCGAGGCGCCGAAGCCCGUCGAGAAGAAUGAUAAUGACGAUGACGAUGACGAUGAUGUGAUUGAUGUUGUGUCACCCCAUGUGACCCCUUUACUCUCGCAGGAUUAUCGCAACAGUUUGCAGAAUGUGAUAGAUGCGGAGCCUUCGCGUCAUCUCAGUACAGAUUUUGCCUCCGAUUUUUCGAGCGAUGAUGAGGAGCCGCCAUGUGUGCGGAAUACCCUGCCAGAUGUCGAAUUUGAUGAAUCUGAUUAUGAGAGCAUUGACUCUGACUACGACGAUCCUCUGAAGCAUGGCGGUGUUUACACUCGCCCCGAGGCUGUGUACAUUGCUCUAAAAAAGGUGGAAAAACUGCAGUCUCUUUACGGAGAGGAGCUCAAGUUUUUGGCACGCCACUUGCAGAAGCGCCGUCGCCAGUACUUAAUUGACUUGCGCACAGAACAGGAGACCUACUGCAGCAUCAAGGAUCAGAUUAAGAAAUCACCGCACGAGAUGAAGCUCUACGAAAAGCUGAAGGCUCUCAACAGCUAUCAUCGUCGGCAGGGCAAAGAGGCGUAUUUCUACAAGCGAUACAGAGAGAAACGCGAGCAGUCCAAGCCGGACUACGUGCCCAAGAGCUCCUACGUCUCAAAGUGCAUCUUCAAAUUGUUUGGCCAUCGGUGUGGCAUGCCGGCGAUACAGUCCACCAAGCACUGCCGCAAGCAUAUCCUAUCGGACAAGCGCCAGAUGAUAUUCCGUGUUUGCGGCGGGGAACGCAACGGGAAUGUAUGCCAGGAGCCCGUCUGGGACCUCUGGGACGAGACAUGUGAGCUACAUCGCUCCUUGGAGCCACCCAAGAAACAGUAUAAACAAAAGUUCUAUGAACCAAAGCUUGAUGAGCCAAUUGAACAUAUGUUUGCUCCUCGUUACGCUGUCGCUGAUCUCACACGAACUGAACCGGCCCCAGCGUCUGAAAAUAUGAAUACAACAGCUAAUGCAUUUGACUUAGAUAUUGAAACAGUAACAGAGCUGGACAACUUUAUAACCCAUGGGCUUACAGAUGCUGCCAAUGAAGUAGACAUAGAUACAAUCCCAGAUCAAGCCAAUAUCGAAAUUGAACCAGUCUAUGAAGAGACUGUGUUAACUGAAGUUGGUCAGGCCAAUUGCAAUCUCAACGACAUAUUGACACUGUUCGACGGCAUGGGCACAGCCCCUUGGUUUGACUCCACUGGCGAAGAGUACAAAAAAUAACCAAUCCAACUACCACGCA